AUUAUCAGAACCCGCGCUGCCAGCAUGAUUGCAGUACCGUAGUGCAGGAGAGGGACAGUUGAUAAAAAACCGCUCCCGUUGGACACUGAUGCGGUUUCCCCAGUGCAGAGCGAAAACCAGCAGCUGAUGGGAGCACCUUCCUUCGGCCGCUGCUGUUACUACUGUGCAGAAAAACGAAACAAAACAAAGCAAAACAUUUGAUGACAGCAACUACCGCUGACGACAACUUCCACGACUUCAGCAGCUUGACUAUUGACUCAUGAGGAGGGACCUCAGCUGUUGCCUACAAUACUACAUGCUUGAGCCCGACAUGUACCUGCAGUGCCGGGUGGACGAAUGGCAGAGUGAGCACGUGAAAUCCUGGCUCCUGGCCGUAUGCACCAACUUCGGCGUCAGUCCCGAGUUCUGCAACAUCAACGCCUUCAGCAUGUACACCGGCUUUCAACUUCGCAACAUGAGCUUGCAUGAUUUUUGCGGGAUCGACAGGCAGCAUGGCGAACUCUUCCACACGCAGCUACACACUUACCUACGUUCGGAACAAGGCAGAGCGGUCCAGUACCAGACCUUAACCACAGAGGACUCUACCUACACAGUCCUUCAGCCACGCCGCUCGAGUCCUCCUGCAGGUUCCUUUAGUCCAGCCGGUUCCUUUAGUCCUACCGGUUCCUUCAGUCCUGUUGGCUUCAACACUUGGCCUCAGGGAAACUCCGACCCUCUUUCGACAAGCUUCAGCCAUAUGACUUCAGCAAGUUUCAGCGACUCGGAUUUUUCGAGAGGAGGCGAGGAGUUUGAGGAUAUUAAUUCGAACGACGUUGAGUCUUCCAUUUGGUAUGAGAUCGAUAACCUUUCGCCGUUUCCGGAAACUGCAGAGGGUACAGAUGAGGCAAGCAGAUCGCCAGAAGCGAGAAGAAGAAGAAGAAGGGAAACCGGGCCCAAAGUGUGGCAGUUUCUCUGGGAACUUCUACACGACCCUUCCUGCAACCCUUCGCUGAUCCGGUGGGAGAACCAGCUGGAGUUCUGCUUCCGUCUCGUCAAGCCCCACGAGCUGGCGAGGCGAUGGGGCCAGAGGAGACGGGCGGCCAAUUCCCUGCCGUAUGAUUAUUUCGCUCGCUGUGUCAGGUAUCAUUACCAAACGGGUUACCUGGUAUCUGUACCAGAGAGAAAACUUGUCUACAAAUUCGGAAGCAAAGCUAUCGUUAAGUUUGAACACGCUCAGGUGGACAAUCCCUCAGGCUUAUGAUUUACAACGGGUGUGUUGAUCUAUGUGUAUAUAAAAAAUAAUGUAUUUUUAAGCUCUUUUUUAUUAUGUGUUAUAAUGUUUAGAUUUAUAUCAUUACGACUUUCGUUGAAUCUACGAAAUAAAAGAAAAUAAUCCAA